AUGCUAAAGAUCCGAAGUGAACCUUCUGAAAGCUGGAAUCCAUUUGCCGUGGAGUUACAACGCCAAAACAAACUCAAUUCUACAAUAAAAGUGGGUGAAGAUCGUCUGCUAAACCAAUCCAGACUGCAACAAGCUCGAUUGGAAAGACUCACGAAUCAGGAAAUCAAUCGGAUAAUCAACUUACCUUCCCAUUUAAGGAGAACUGGCCUCGAAACUCCGGACGAACGUGAUGUCAAGAAUGUAAGAAUACCUAAUACAACAUAAUGUAUAAUCGUUAAAAAAUGUUUUAGGCUUUGAGUAUGAUAGUACAAGAAGUAGUGAGAAAAGACAACGAGCAAGGAUGGCACAAGACUAUAUUAAACAAGCUUCACGCCAACAAAUACUCCUAUAUGUAGGUAUUUACAGUUGAAAACAUAAUAUAAAAUGGUUUGAAUAACUUUUUAUUGACGGCUUUUACAUAAUUCAUUAUGACGGAUUUUUGUAAAGCUGAUGUUAUGAUCGAUUUUUUGUAAAAAAAUGUACAAAAAACGUGUCACUGUAACGCCUUUCAUAUAAAGUAAAUCUGAUAUCAUUAUGCUUUUUAUAAAACAUGCUCUUAAAUCAGUCGUAAUGAUGGUUUUUCAAUGAAAAGUGUCUAAAAAUUGUGUUAUUAUGACACAUUUUAUGUAGGCUCUCAAAAAAUAGCUUUUUUCAGUUAUUUUUGAAAAAAUAAAAUAUUUUAGAAAUUCGACGAGUCGAGCAACACCUCCGGAGCCAGUGAUAUCAUCUUCAUAUUACUCCCAAUCACCGCCGUAAGUUUAUUUUACGAAAACCAUUUUUUUUGGUAAUAUGUAUACAAAAUAUAGUAUAUUAAAAGUUCGUGGUAGUAGACAUGAGAAACGGGUCGGGACGGGCCCAAUUUUCAGGCCCGGGCCGGACCGGUCCUAAAUUUUUUUACGUGAAAACGGGCCGGGCCUGAAAAAUGAGCUCGAAAUUUUGCCCAAGGCCGGCCCGGCCCAUUUCUCAUGUCUACGUGGUAAACUUUAUAAAUAUUUUGAAAGUUGGCACUUGUUCGUAGUUGAACAUACAUAUUUUAAAAAUUAACAAAAAUAAUUUUUAGUCAGACAGUACGACGGUACUUCACUUUGCGACAAAUAGAAGAGGAAGUUCAACCUCACGUCGAACGACUGAAGUUGGAGAUCAACAAAAGAAGGUACAGGAUCGAGAUCGAAUGUGCCAAUCAUCUGGGCUUGGCUACACCAUGGAAGAGAACGCGAUACAGACGACCAGGUAAAGCCUCAUUUACUUUUGUCUUGACUUUGGAUUAGAUGUUGAUAUCAACAUGUUAUUAUAGUUGCUAUUGUGUUCUGUGGCUUUCUGCAAGUAUUCUUUGUACCUGCAUUUUUUAAAAGGUAUGGUUACCUAUCUUGAAAUGAGGUAAAGACGUUGUUAUUGGUGUUGAAAUAUCUCAACAAUUAACAUUUUAUUUCUGCAUAAAACAGUAUUCGUUUUGAAACAAGUGUUCACAAACAGGUUAUUGCAACAUGUGAGAUGAAGAGAAGGUCGUUACGGUAGGCUAUGUUGAGGUUGUUUUCGAAAUCCGUAAAGUCCCGUAGGCUCGGAAAGUGCAUUCAUUCAUGUGAGUCUUUUUUCGUAUGUUCAUGUGAGUAGUCUUUGUUGCGAAAUGAGGUUGUUUUUGUUUUUCGUAGGCUCGUUCUUUGCUCUUUGGAGCGGCGAAGGAGGUCGGUCAUCUGUUCUCUGUUCUGGUCACUCGGUCUCCAUCCCUUCCCCGUCACCGCCUUUGUUCCCUCGCCCCAUCGCCCUGUUUGUUUGACUCCGCAGCUAUUUCGAAAGACUGCACGUGCGCUUCUAGAAAUAUCGCGCGCUCCCGACAACAACCACGAACGGGGCGGAAUGUCGUAUGCGAAAAGUAUAAAAGGCGAAAGACGGACGGGAUAAAGACUAUUUGAAAGUAAGAGAUGGUUGUACAUUACCCUGCUUCAACGUUGUUUGGAACUAUUCCAGACGACUGUUUCACGAUAGACGAAGAUUCUACCAUUAUUAACCUUCCUUCGUUCCCUACGGCUGACGAUGACUUCCGUCGUUUUGGCUACUUAUUAGAUUCUAUUCCGUCAUCGAAUUGUGCUCAGUACGAUUCAGACGGGUCUACAAUGCUAAGCCGUGCCAACUCUUCUUCUGGCUACAUUUCCGAAACCGAGAAUGUUGGCUACACCUCAGAAACCUCGAAUCUUGGCUAUUCUUCUGAAUCGAGUGCUGGUACCUCUUACAGCAGAGCCAAGACGAUCUCAGUAAGCUCUUGUGAUAUUCCUUUGACGGAGUUGCGCAUCGAUUCUGGAUGCUCAUCUCCGUGCUCUGGCUAUUCCUCGGAUUGUGGAAGGUUGUCAUUGAUGGAAGUGUCUGACGAUGAGGACGAGGCCGCCUCUCAGGAUUCUGAAUUCAAAAGCAAGGCCAAGCCUCUCGUCCCCGUCGAUGACGAACCUAUCGCUAAACGUACACGACUUCAUGAAAGACAAAGUGAGCGCUUCUUUUCUUGUUUUUCCGUUACUUGAUGGUAGUAGUAAAGCUGAUGAUAGAACUGUUUAUGAAGCCUUAUUUGACGAUGAACUAGUUUAUAUGAUACUGAAGUCAAGAAGUUGUUGUUGAUAGUUGAUUUGUGGGUAUGUUUGUGUCUCUGUCUUGUUGUCAUAGGUGUUUUACUAACUGAGAUUUGUUAUUUUCAGUGUUGAUGGAUGAAGAGUAUCAAAGAGACAAGGUCAUGGUUAAUCCUUUGGACAUAUCAUUACACCCAGAUGGAGCACCAUCCAGAGACAUUACUAUGAAGUCAGAAAUUAUGGAUGACAAGUCAAUGGACAUGAGUUUGUCACCUCAACGACCGCUUUUCGAUCAGUCGCUUUCGCUGUUUGAUAAUACGAUAAAGGACGAAGGGGAAAAGAAAGAACUGACUAAAAAGUUGGUCAAGAUCGAACAUAAGAAUCCUAGAGGUCGACCGCGGAAGAAGGAAAAUGUAAGAUUAAUGUUUUAGGUACUUAAUCUCAGACAAUGUACCAUGUUUUUCUUUUUAUAAGCUGUAUGAUUAUAGUUAAUGUUAAAAUUGUUGAUUUAUAAGUUUAAAACACCACAUAAUUGAUUCUAAUUUAAACGUAUUUCAGUCCACUGACAACUCAGAACAAAAGAAACCAAAGAAGGUCAAGAAAGAGAUCAUGUCUCCGACUACAGGAGAACGAAAGCGCAAGCUUCUCUGCUCUAAAUGCGUCAAAAUCUGUGAUGAACGACGCUACUUUGUGCAAUGUCCAGCUUGUGACCAGCGAGUUCAUGGCAAAUGUAUUGGUCUGACCGAGAAGAGGGUCAAGAAGAUGGGAGGGUGGAUGUGCGAGGAAUGUGACGCUCCACCCAAGGAAGCUGUCUACUGUCUGUGUAAGAAGCCCUACGACGAGAGUUUGUUUUACGUUGGGUGCGACGGAUGCGAGGACUGGUUUCACCCAGAGUGUGUUGGUACUACUCAGAAGGAAGUCGAAAGCACAAAUGCCGGAUACUUGUGUCCAACGUGCUCACAGAACAGUCAAGUAAUCCAAAAGGUUCACGAUGAUAUUCAAGCCGCUUCAGAAGCCAGCGAAGAACAACGAAUGGCUUCUCGUAAAGAGUUUCCUCUACUCUGGAGACUACUUGAUGUACUUGUCAACAAUCAGCACAGUUGGCCCUUCAGGAACGCUGUAGACAGAGAGAAGCUGCCACGCUACUUUGAGAUCAUUCAGAAUCCCAUGGAUCUCGAUACGAUGCGAAGGAAACUGGAGAGUAACGAGUAUCAGAAUCUGAAGAGCUUCGUGGCUGAUGCUUGUUUGAUAUUCGACAACACACGACAGUUCUACGUCAAACAGAACGAGAUCUACCAAUGUGCCGACCAGCUGGAGAAGGUGUUCAGAUCAGAAAUAGUGAGAGUGAGCAAGGAUGUAGAUGGUCACAGAUCAAGAGUACCAAGCGUGCUAGACAUCGAGACUGACCAGUUGCUGGGCUUCGGAUCUGACUGCAAUAUGGACGCUUCACAAUUCUUGGAAGGUAUAUUGUAG